CACUUGCCAAUUAAACUGAGACUCAAACAGAGUAGUAGCUCCAUCCAUACUUCUUUCUCUCUCUAAAUUCUCUAUUCUUCGCCGCUUUAUCUCUCUACCCUGCCUGCAGAAAGAAUGGGGAAGCAAAAGGUAGUGAUCGGUAUCUCAAUCAAGGACCAGAAGGCUCGUACCAAGGCCUUCAAGAUUGCCGUCAGCCUGCCUGGGGUUGAAUCGGCGGCUAUGCAAGCGGAGAAGGGGCAGUUAGAGGUGGUGGGCGAGUUCGACUCGGUGGUUCUGGCGAACCUGCUGAGGAAGAGGGUGGGGCAAGCGGAGCUAGUGAGCGUGGGUUCGGCCGAGAAAAAGGAAGAGAAAAAGGAGGAGAAGAAGGAGGAUAAGAAGAAAGACGAGGCCCAACCACCAAAAGUCGUUACAGUCUUCCAGGAUCCUUCUCACUUUCCUUACCCCCCUUACUACGCUUGCCCAGUUCAUGAUUACCAACCCUCCGUCUGCUCUAUUAUGUAAACUCCCACCAUCCAUUUCAAGUAGGAUCAGAAUAAUCAGAUCAGAUGAUGAAAUCCAUCAUUAAUCGCAUCAAAACAAGCGUGUAUAUCCCGUGCACACUCCCAAAUAGUUUGUGAUUGCGAUUUUACUGGUCGGUCUAAAACAAAGUGUGUAUAAAAGAAUUAGGUUGUUUGGAACAAGUUUUGGGGUUUAGUAUCAUAGUAUGAUUAUAUGUGUCGAGGUUUGGUCUUCAAUGGAGUGAUUAGAAAGUUGGGAUUGUAUUAUCAAAAAAAAAAGUUGGGAUUGCAUAUUCAAAAAAGGAAAAAAAAAAAAAAAAAAAAAAGUGGGAUUGCCUUCUUUCUCUCUCCGCUUUGGAUGUAAAUUAAAAGUCAAGUCAAUUAUGAAUUUGUUUAUCAUUUUUGGGAUUUGGA